AUGCUCCGGGCAGCAAGGAAAACAAAAGAAAAGAGUCCGUAUUACAGGAUCUUGGUGGCUGCCAUAAAUUUUGGUGCAAUAUUUUCUGGAAUCGCAUUUUCAUUUUAUGACGAAUUCAGGAGAGAUCCAUCAGAUAUCGAAACGUACAUAUGGUUUUCUAAAGCCAGUUCCACGGGAAACACACCGUCUGUACUGUUACUGAAGCCGAACAAAGCACUCCAUUCUUUUGGAUACGAUGCGGAAAAGAAAUACGCAUCGCUUGUAAAAGGCAGUGAGCAAGAGGGUUGGCUCUACUUCAAAGGCUUCAAGACUCUCCACCAAUAUAAAAGUCUAAGACGAACCACAACGAUAAAAGAUGUGAAUGGUAACGAGAUGCCAGCUAAGACGAUCUUUACGAUGACCAUAAAAUAUCUUAAAAACCAUCUGGUUGAAUUAUUGAAAAGUCGUACCAUGCUUGAGGACUCCAUUCUCUGGGUAGUGACUGUUCCCGCCAUUUGGGAUGACGGCGCCAAACAAUUCAUGACGGAGGCAGCAGCAGAGGCUGGUAUCCCGAGAAAACAACUGUUGUUGGUUUCGGAGCCAGAAGCAGCGACCAUUUACUGUAAUCACAUACCCAUGGAAGCUAAACCAGAUGGCAGAGGAAGAACUGAAACUAACUUAUUCGAACCUGGGACACAAUAUAUGGUGUUGGAUGCGGGAGAGACAUCUGAUAUCACAGUCCUUGAAGUAAAGUCAAACCAGACGCUUCAGGAGGUCCAUCAUGUCACAGAUGGAGUUUGGGGAUGGGAUAAUGUGGGCGAUGCAUUUUACCAGUUCUUAGUUACGCUCACUGGAAUUGAAGUUCUGACAACGUUCAAGGUUGAAAACGAGAUUGCUUAUACUCACAUUUUCGAUGAUUUUGAGACGAUGAUAAGUGUUAUGAAGCCCGAUUCAGAAAGUAAUGUAAACAUAGAUUUACCACCUCGUCUGCUGGAGAUAUUUAAGGAGCAAACACAAGAAACAUUGGCAGAGGCACUGACACGGACAAGGUACGCAAAGACAGUAGAAUUGACGGGAAACAAACUUCGAGUACAUCCCAAAAUUUUCAAAGACUUUUACAAUCAGUCACUGCAAGGAAUAAUUCAAGUUAUCACAGACACCAUGGAGUCGUUUCAAGGAGCGUCUGAAUCGAAAUUUCUUCUUGUAAGCGAUUUUGUUACAUCGCCAAUGGUGUUGAAGGCAAUAAGGGAAUCAUUUCCCGAUAAUAAAGUUAUCACCCCUACCGAUCCAGCUCUAGCGGUCAUGAAAGGCGCUGUGAUAUUUGGUCAUAUCCCACAUUCAUCGAGAGAUGGAAUUUAAGUAUGAGUAGUUUCAAAUAUAUACAAACGUCAAAGACCAGACGGACAAAUGUUGUGUCAGCAUUUUUGUUAAGCUUUAGAUCACUGGGUAGAAAAAAACCUUUUAGUUUUGACAAAAAGGACGUGGUCAUUGGUAUACGCAAUUUCCGAGUUCCUCAUAGUUAUUUCUCUUUGUUGAAAUCUUAUGCACAGUGAGACGCAAAAUAUUUUUUCCUCCACACGCGGUGGGUACAAAUACUUAUCGCUGUCUUCAUAUAUUGCCUGAAGGGUGAUUACCAGACAUCAUGCAACCACCAAAAGUAUAGGGACACACAAUAUUAGUAUGUCUAUGACUAUUUCAUAAUUAAAUAGUUCAAGUAAAAAUCGAUAAUCAUCAUCUUUCUUUGAGAAAAGUAUCACUCGUGCAGAAGAGGAAAUAAAUGACAAUUUCAUAUCUAAUUUGAUGGCACAAUUCAAGCAAAUUAUUCUUGAUAUGGUCAGUGUAAUGCAUAUAAACGGCUGAUAUAAACAAAUUCACGCUUUCACAAUUUUUAUCCUUAUUUACAUAGCCAGUCUGUAAUGUAUGCAUACAUCAAAGCAUUCAUCAGAAUGCUGAACGUACCUCCAUCACAGAAGACCUGAUUCAUAGUGUAUUGGGAUCUAUCUAGUAAUAUCACAGAAUUUCACUUUUACCAAUGAUAAAAGCUGUACAAACCUAAUUUGCUUAGAGACAAUGCUCAGUGGCAAAGUAUGCCUGUACACAUCAAUCCCUAUAUUAAGUACCAAGCACUAGUAUUUAUUUGUUUGCAGAAAAUUAUAUGACCAUUCUAUAUAAUACAGCGUACAAUGCAAUAUAUAGAAGAAAGAACAACACAUCUCUUGCUGUGGCCUUCAUCUCGACAUUAUGAUAUAUCUACGACUUUUUACUUAUUAACAAUACUCAUUUUGAUUCAUAGAUCGAUUCGAUAAAUCCCGUGAACUCGAAAUAAAGGACAUCACAGAGAUUUCCAUAUCUACUUCAUAUUUGGAUAUUUUAUUGAACAUAGAUGUUAACGACAUACAUAUGUAAUAAUAACUCAAGAUUAUGACAAACGGGGUGACUACAGCUUCUCCAUCGUCAGCUUUUCACAUUGAUGUAGCAAUAUAUCAUUCUCUUCUGCACAAGAUGUCUUUCAACUGAUUCGAUGUGAAAAAGCAUGUUCUGCGUGUGAUCAGUUUUGAGUUGCGACAGGCUAUUAACAAAUAAUUUGAUAUUACAGGCGUUUAACUUCAGCAUUUCGCACAUUUUAUGGUCGUUAUAACGAUCUAAUUCACAAAUACAACCUGUCAUUAGGUCGAAUGCUGUCUGCCGUAUUUCAUACCAAUUGUUGGGGGUUCUUUACCAAUGAUUUAACUACGGAUUACAUUGCUUACUUGAUCAAGAUACAGAGCUAAUAGUGGGUGUGAUCGACAACUAACUCCUCUUAGGAACCUGUGGGUCCUGUUCUCAAGAUUAUAAACUGAAAAUAGACUUCAGUCAAAAAUUUCAAAUUCAGCUAACCUUUGAAAUGAUUUUCAUAAACAAAUAACAUUUUCAGAAUAUGUUUGCAUUUGAUUAUUUUUAUAAACCUGCAGUGGGUUUUUUUAAACAUUUGUGUUAAAUAAAUCUUAAGACAUACAUGUACAUGUACGUAAUCAAAAUUUGACACAAGUCUAUUCUCCGUUUAUGGUCUUGAGGACAGGGGUUCGUGUUUGCCGUACUCCUAAUUCUGCAUUCUUUAUAGAUGUUAUGAGAUUGGUCACUGUUCGUUAUUUUCACGUUUUCAUAUUUAGUUUUUGUUGAUUUUUUUUUAUCUUCAGUAUUGCUUGUUUUCGUUCUUUCUAAUCGCUUGUAGUCAUAGACACUGGUUUCUGUAAAUAAGUUACGACGUCUGUAUACUAAUAAUUAGUUUUAUUAUUAAUCCCGCUGUCUUUGAGAUAUCACUUGCUCAACAAGUCUUUGUGUUUGUCUAGGAUCCCCCUUUGGUGGAUGUAGAUUAUCUGUAGUUAUUUUUAUGUUCGUCAUUAAUAAAUAACAAUAUUUAUCAACGUAAACUUUGUUGGUUUUGGGGAAGUAAAAAUUAGGAAAUCUUUAGGUCAAAGAUGGGACUGAAAAUAGCAUAUU